AUGCAUAAUGAUUCAGUAACUUGGGAAAUAUUAGGGCAAGGAAAAUGCUCCUUUAAAAAAAAAACAGAAAAACAAAUGUUUUGUUUAAAUGAUUAUAAUGUUACAGGAUUAUGCACAAAAGUAAAUUGCCCAUUAAGUAAUAGUGUAUAUGGUACUGUUCUAUUGGAUAAAGGGGAAAUAUAUUUGUAUUUAAAAUGUCCAGAAAAAGCGCAUUUACCUAGUGAAUUAUGGAGCAAGACUUUGCUUAGUUUAAAUAAAAAAGAAUCUUUUAAUAUUAUUUAUAAAGAAAUGAAACAUACACAUAAUAUUAAACAAAUAAAAAAAUGUAUGAAAAGAUAUAUACGAAUUAAAGAAAUUUUAAAAAGAAGCAGAAAACUUGUUUUACAAAAACAAUUAAAAUUAACUCCAAUAAAAAAGAAAACAGAAAGAAGAAAUAAAAUAAGAGAAGGUAAAGCAUUGAAAGCUGCUAAUAUUUUAAAUACUGUCGAAACGGAACUAAUAAAUCGUUUAAAUACAGGGGUUUAUGGUAACCUUUACAAAUUUUUAACUCCAAAAAAAAAAGUAAAAAAUAAGGAGUCAGAGUUGACUAAAAUAUUUUCUCAAAUUGAAGUGAAUAAUAUGGGAAAGAAAAAGAAGAAACAUCUUGAUGAAGAAAUGGAGGAAAUAGAAGAAGAAGAUGAUGAUGGUGAUGAAGACGAAACUGAUGAUGAUGGUGAUGAGGAUGAUGAUGAUGAUGGUGAUGAAGACGAAAUUGAUGGUGAUGAGGAUGAUGAUGAUGAUGGUGAUGAGGAUGAUGAUGAUGAGGAUGAUGAUGAUGAUGAUGAGGAUGAUGAGGAAGAAAAAAUUAUGAAAAAAGAGAAAAAAAAAAAAAAAAAAUAUGUAAAAGAAUAUGUCGAUAAUGAAUAUAUAAAAAAACUGCAAGAAGAGGGGAAAAUAUCAGAUGGAAAUGAAACAGAAGAUGUAGAUAACAAUUUUCCAAAAAGAGCAAAAAAAAGGAAUAAUGGAAGCAACAAAAAGAAAAAGAUCCGAAUAGCUUACGAGAACGAAUAG